AGACAAACAUCACCCUCACCUUGCCAAAGGAAGGAGCUUCAGGCAACUGCUUACUGCACAGACAGGAAGAAACCAGAACUUUCUGACUGUACUUGUGUGGACAGACUGUGAGGGUGGAGAAGAUGAGGGCGCUGCUGCUCUCCCUGGCUUUUCUAGCCUCUCUGGAGGCUCUCUACUCUGCCCCUGGUCCCAAUCCAAAAGCCAUAUCAGUGGAUACUCUCAAACGACUCUCUCUGGAAGGGGAGAAACUGGUGGAUGAGGAGGUGAAGAGAGCCCUCUAUGGAGUUAAGCAGAUGAAGGAGGUGAUGGCCAUGAACGAAGAGAAGCAUGAGCACCUAAUGAGGUCACUUCGUAACAGUGGAGAAAAGAAGAAGGGGGCAGCUGAGAUGGCUCAGGAUGUGGUGAAGAAGUUGGAUGAGGCGGAGCAGCAAUGCAAAGAGUCUCUGAGGUCUUCAUGGGAGGAGUGUAGGCCCUGCCUGGAGGACACCUGCAAGAGCUUCUACACAAACACCUGCCGUCGGGGCUUUGCCACUUUCUCUACUAAGCUGGAGGGCUUCUUCCGCAGGGUCAGUACCCGCUUUGGCUCACAAGGCAUUCAGGAGGAGCUCGAAAUGAACCAAGGCGGAGAAAGUCCUGACCUGGAUGUGGUAAGGAUCGAGGACUCUUUCAACAGCCUACUGACAAAGGUAGGCAACCUUGUGAACCGCAGCAUGGUGCUGGUGUCCCGCUUCCAAAAGCAGCUGGACCAGGCAUUGCGAAAGGCCUUCACUCCAGAGCUCCAAGAGGACGAAGAUAGAGAGCUGCUCCUCCCUUCGGCCGGUGAGGAGCUGGACUCAGCGUUCCUUCAGGGUGUGGGACUUGAUGAAGUACUCGAGUCCUUCUUUGACUUUGGCAGAAACCUGGCAGAGGAGUUUGGUGCUGUCGUCACUCAGGUGUUUGACAACCUGCACGGCACCAUUGAAGAAGCAGAGAAGGAAAGAGAGAAGCAGCUGUUUUCUGGAUUCUUCCACAAGAGGAAGCUGUGCAGAGAUCUCCGCAGACAGUCAGCAGAGUGUUGGCAGCUCCAGAGCAAAUGUGAGGCCUGCCAGGGAACCCUGCUCGCUGAGUGCCCAAGUGUGCGGGAGCUGCACGUUGAGCUAGACGAGGUGUCGGAGCUGCUGGAGAUCUCUAAGCAGCAGUAUGAGGAGGUGCUAGGCAUCGUGCAGCGACACACGGAGGACACCGUGAACUGGCUGAACAACAUGGCCUCAGAGUUUGGCUGGGUGACAGAACUGGUCCACGAUAACACCACGCCUGAAAACAUCUUCAGCAUCACCACGGUGGUGGCCGAAGAGGCAGCCAACGCCCCAGUGACGGACAUUAAGGUGGAGGUUAACAUUCUGAACACUCCCACUCUCACACUCACCGUGCCUGCCAGCCUGCAGCUGCAGGACCCCGCCUUCAUCCAAUAUGUGGCCCACGAGGCUCUGGGCCUGUAUAAGCAGAGGGCCAGGCAGGAAGACGCUUAAGGCUGCCUGGAGGAGAAAUGUGCAGUUUUGUCUGUGAAUGAGCAACAGUUCACCUGUCGGGUACAUGUUAAAAGAACAUAUUUGACUAGAUACAAAACUUACAGUACAAACGUUUACAAUUAAAAGAUUCAUGUAGUCUUGUGUAAAUCAUUCUAUUCAUUGUAGAACUUCAUAUAGUUUAAUAUAUCAGUGCUUAAAUAAAUGAAUUCUGCCCACCUACUAAUCACCUGCCUAUACAGUGUACUGCUGUGAUGUCAACAUGAUAAUCUUCUCAAAUAAAGUUAACUGAAAACUGCUCAGCUGA